GCGGAGACUGAAGUCUGAGCCUUUCAGCUGCACUUUCCCGCUCUACCUGUCUGCCUGCUCACCUGUCUGCGCGUGCCAGGCUCGGACAGGAAACAACAGGAGAAGAAGGAGAGGAGCAGGAGGAGGCAGAGGAGUGGGUUACAGUUGAGAGUAGUUUCCUCCGCGCGGAGGCUCCGCUGUGAACAUGGAGCUUGCUGGAAGUUUGGUGCUGCGCGCGGCGCUCCUUCUGCUUGCGCUGGGACUAACGGGCGCGCGGGCGGACACCUUCAAAGCCUGUCUAUCUGGUCGGUCUCCUGACUGCAUGCUGGUCCAGUCCAAAGAAGACGACUUUGACUGGGAGCAGGGCGACACCCGAGACCGAUCGGCCACCCCCUGGAUCCCUGCAGGCUCCUCCUUCCUGUUCGUGAACACGUCGGGUCGCUAUGGUGGUCAGCGCGCUCAGCUGCUACUGCCGCCACUCAGAGAAAACGACACGCACUGCCUCAGUUUCCUGUUUUACCAGGUCGGAGGGCGCGAGGGUGCCGUGCCCGCUACGCUUAACGUCUACAUCAAAGAGAACAAUAGUCCUCUGGGAGUUCCUGUCUUUAACUCAUCAGGCCCUGCCUACCACAUCUGGAAGGGGUUGGAGCUUGCUGUGUCCACCUUCUGGCCCAAUCACUACCAGGUGGUGUUUGAGGCGAUCAGCACCGGUCACAGAGGCAUACUGGCCAUCAAGGACAUCUCACUGCAGGGACACCAGUGCAUGAGCACGCCUCACUUCCUGCAUAUCAAAGGUGUGGAGGUGAACGCAGGACAGACAGCCACGUUUCACUGCACCGUCAACGGACGUCCGCAGAGCAACCUGCUGCUGUACCUGCAGGGAAUGGGCAGUCGGCAGGCCGCAGUACGGGAAACCAAACCGCUGAACGCUCGGCGCUACGUGGCGAGCUUCAAUGUGGACAACACAACCAAAGGAGACUCUGGACGCUACCGCUGCAUCGCCCAAUCAGAGCGAGGGGUGGGCGUGUCCUCAUACGCUGACCUUACAGUCAAACAGCCCCCCGUACCCAUCGCCCCUCCACAGCUGACAGCAGUUGGUGCCACCUACCUGUGGAUACAACUUAACGCCAACUCGAUCAAUGGGGACGGACCAAUCAUUGAGCGAGAGGUUGAGUAUCGGACAACGGCAGGCAUGUUGAUCGACACCACACCGGUUGAUAAGCCCACUCAUAAAAUCGGGCAUCUGGACCCUGACACAGAGUACGAGAUCAGCGUGCUCCUCACCAGGCCCCUGGACGGAGGCACAGGGAACCCCGGGCCACCGCUCAGAGCCAGGACCAAGUGUGCAGAUCCGAUGAACGGCCCGCGGCAUCUCGAAGUCGUUGACAUUCAGUCCAAACAGGUGACGGUUCGCUGGGAACCCUUCGGAUACAACGUGACACGCUGCUACAGCUACAACCUGACCGUCCAGUACCGCUACAGACCUGCAGGGGCUCUGAGCAGGGAGCCAGCGAAGGAGGAGGUGCGGGAGGAGGAGGUGUAUGACACAAGGAGCACCAUGCCGACGCACACUGUACGUAACCUUCCACCCUUCACCAACGUCAGCCUGAGACUCAUCCUGAGCAACCCCGAAGGACGCAAGGAGAGCGAGGAACUGGUGGUGCUGACAGAUGAGGAUGUUCCCGGGGCAGUCCCCGUGGACUCGAUCCUCGGCAGCAGCUACGAGCAGCAGAUCAGCCUGAGCUGGAGGGAACCGCUGCAGACCUAUGGCCUGAUCCGGCAGUAUGAGAUAUCCUACAAAGCCUUGAGCUCCUUCGACACGGAGUUUGACCUUUCCAAUCAGAGCGGCAAGGUGUUGAAACCGGCCAAUGAGACAAGCCACAUGUUCACCGGCCUCUACCCGGGCUCCACGUACUCCUUCACUAUAAGAGCCUCCACUGUUAAAGGCUUUGGGCCCCCUGUUAUCACCCAGUUUACCACCAAGAUCUCAGCUCCUCUGAUGCCGGCGUACGAUCAGGAGUCUCCUCUGAAUCAGACUGACUCCACCGUCACCGUCCUGCUGAAGCCCGCUCAAAGCCGUGGGGCCCCGGUCAGUAAAUACCAGGUGGUGGUGGAAGAGGAGCGCCCCCGCAGGCAGACCAGAGGCACUGCAGAGAUUCUGCGCUGUUAUCCGGUGCCCAUUCACUUCCAGAACGCCACGCUGCUGGACUCCCAGUAUUACUUCAGCGCUGAGCUUCCAGUGAGCGAGCUGAGGGCGCCCAUGCCCUUCUGUGUUGGUGACAACAGGACCUACAGUGGUUACUGGAAUGUUCCCCUCCUGCCUCAUAAGAGUUACGGGAUUUACUAUCAGGCUGUCAGCACUGCCAAUGGGGAGACAAAGAUCGACUGUGUGCGAGUGGCCACUAAAGCCGCUAUAAUCGUCACCCAGCUCACCACGCCCUACAUUCGCAUUGCCCCGGCAGCAGGCGACAAGCAGCUAACAGGCACUGCGACCCGGAAACCAGAACCAGAGCAAGAGAAACAGUCGGACCACACGGUGAAGAUCGCCGGCUCCAUCGCCGGCAUCCUGCUGUUCAUCAUUAUCUUCCUGGGAGUCGUCCUGCUGAUGAAGAAACGACGAAGAAAUUAUCACUCCUACACUUAUUACCUGAAGUUGGCGAAGAAGAGGAAGGAAACUCUCAGCUCCAGACAGGAAAUGACCCUCAUGGUGAACAGCUCCCAGCACACCACCAUGGUGGAUGCGCACGCGCACACGCUGAACGGACGCACUGUUUCAUCUCCGUCCUCCUUCACCCUGAAGACAAACACCAUCAGCACCUCUGUACCAAACUCCUACUACCCAGAUCCCUUCGUACCGACAGCCAUUCUGGUGCCCAUUAAUGAUGACAGCCACACUAUGACCAGUGAAACCAGUAGCCUGGUCCAGUCCCACUACAAGCAGCGGGACUCUGAAAGGGAGGCGCUACCGUAUCAGACGGGACAGCUGCACCCGGCCAUCCGAGUGGCCGACCUGCUGCAGCACAUCACCCAGAUGAAAUGUGCUGAGGGCUACGGUUUCAAGGAGGAAUACGAGAGUUUUUUUGAGGGCCAGUCCGCUCCCUGGGAUUCGGCCAAGAAGGACGAGAACCGCAUGAAGAAUCGCUACGGCAACAUCAUCGCUUAUGAUCACUCUCGUGUGCGUCUGCAGCCUCAGGAUGGAGACGGCGGCUCGGACUACAUCAACGCCAACUAUGUAGACGGCUACCACAGACCCAACCACUAUAUCGCGACCCAGGGUCCCAUGCAGGAGACAGUGUAUGAUUUCUGGAGGAUGGUUUGGCAGGAGAAUACCGCCGCCAUCGUCAUGGUAACCAACCUGGUGGAGGUCGGCCGGGUGAAGUGUUGUAAGUACUGGCCUGAUGACACGGAGAUCUACGGCGACAUGAAGGUGACGCUGAUCGAGACUCAGCUGCUGUCUGAGUACGUGAUCCGGACCUUUGCUGUAGAGAAGAGGGGUGUGGCAGAGAUCAGGGAGAUCCGUCAGUUUCAUUUCACCGGUUGGCCCGAUCAUGGCGUCCCGCUUCACGCCACCGGGCUGCUUGGCUUUAUCCGCCGCGUCAAGGCCAAAACCCCACCCACCGCCGGCCCCACUGUGGUCCACUGCAGUGCGGGGGCGGGGCGUACAGGAUGCUUCAUCGUGAUCGACAUCAUGCUGGACAUGGCGGAGAGAGAGGGCGUGGUUGACAUCUACAACUGUGUCCGCGAGCUGAGAGCACGAAGGGUUAACAUGGUCCAAACUGAGGAGCAGUACGUCUUCAUCCACGAUGCCAUCUUGGAGGCGUGUCUGUGCGGUGACACAGCGAUUCCAGCCAGUCAGCUGCGGUCGGUUUAUUAUGAGAUGAACCGAUUGGAUCCUCAGACCAACUCGAGUCAGAUCAAAGAGGAGUUCAGGACGCUGAACAUGGUGACGCCGACUCUGCGGGUGGAGGACUGCAGCAUCGCUCUGCUUCCCAGAAACCACGAGAAGAACCGCUGCAUGGACGUGCUGCCUCCAGACCGCUGCCUGCCCUUCCUCAUCACUAUCGACGGGGAGAGCUCCAACUACAUCAACGCUGCGCUCAUGGACAGCUACAAGCAGCCGUCGGCGUUCAUUGUUACCCAGCAUCCUUUGCCCAACACGGUGAAGGACUUCUGGCGCCUGGUCCUCGACUACCACUGCACAUCCAUCGUCAUGCUGAAUGAUGUCGACCCUGCACAGCUGUGCCCUCAGUACUGGCCAGAGAACGGUCUCCAUCGCCUCGGCUCGCUGCAGGUGGAGUUCGUGUCCGCUGACCUGGAGGAGGACGUCAUCAGCCGAAUCUUCAGGAUCUACAACACAGCCAGGCCGCAGGACGGGUACCGCAUGGUGCAGCAGUUCCAGUUCCUGGGCUGGCCGAUGUACCGCGACACGCCCAUCUCCAAGCGCUCCUUCCUCAAGCUCGUGCACCAGGUGGACAAAUGGCAGGAGGAGUACGACGGCGGCGAGGGGCGCACCGUCGUCCACUGCCUGAAUGGCGGAGGUCGUAGUGGUGUGUUCUGCAGUAUCAGUAUCGUGUGUGAGAUGUUGCGUCAGCAGCGCUGCGUCGACGUUUUUCAUGCUGUGAAAACUUUGAGGAACAACAAGCCAAACAUGGUCGACCUGCUGGAACAGUAUAAGUUCUGUUAUGAAGUCGCUCUGGAGUACCUGAACUCUGCUUAGAGCCUCCUUCAUCACAGAGGAGGAGGAGCAGAGAGACUACUGACUGAAGAAGAGGAGGAUGAAGGCAUGUUUACACUGCCUGGUUUGAAGUGUUGGAUUCUAUGAGCAACGCUCAGCGUUCACCUCGUGUCACUUUGUUUUUUUGUUUUUUUAUACUUUUGUUGUUUCAAUGAAACUGAAACAAUAAAAACACCAUCAGAGCGGGUCGCCUCACCUGUCAGCCAUCCCCACCACCAGCACAGGAAGUCCUUACAGCCAGGAUUCAAAACAGGAUGUCCUUGCAGUUGUGUUUUGUACAGGAAUCUUUAACCGUGUCCGAUUGCUGGUUGAAAUCAGCUGACCUGUCAGGAAGAAGCUGCUGUCUGCGGAGAAUCAUUAACCCUCACAUAAACCCUCAUACCUCUGAGAUUGAAGGGACCCUAAAAUCAGAUUGACUUUCAUUUGUGAAUUCAUGUCAUGUCAAGAAAGAUGAACUUCAUCAUCCCUCUGGAAACAAGCCUGAAAGGUGGCUCGAUCACGCUUACCAAGGUAGCUGAGAUGGUUUGACUCUGCAGAGGCCCAAGCCCAGCAGGCCAGAGGAAGUCACUCAGCCUGAAUCUGAGUGCCAUAGUCUGGCCAGUUAUGUUAAAACAUAUUUAACCAAACAAACUUCACCAAUUUGAAUCUGCCAACUCUUCGCCCAAAGAGGCCCAAAAUCAAACCAAAUCUGGCAGAUAUCACAGAGCCAGAGUUGUCAGAACACAGCCGUGUCUGCCUUCACUCAGCUGAGUCUGCCGACGCUCGGCCAAGAUUCUGCCGACAUUCAGCUGAGUCUGUCGAGAGUCUGCCAAUGCUCAGCUGAGAGUCUGUUGACCCUCAGCCGAGAUUCUGGACACUCAGUCGAGAGUCUGCUGACAUUCAGCUGAAUCUGCCAAAAUUAGCAGAGUCUGUGGACACGCUUAUUUAUAAAGAUGUAGUGAGUGCUGGCAGCUGUCUGGUAUGAAAUGAUCACAGCAAGUAAUUAGUGAUUAGUUCACCAUUGGUCGAGUUGUGUACAUCAGCGGUCCCCAACCUUUUUUUUUUUUUUUUUUAACCUGUCCCGUUUGGUUCUUUUGCCAUCAGAAUUAUUGUCUAAAGGCGAAGAAAGAUGCCCAACGGAUUUAUUUUUACCAAAUGG